AUGUGCAUAUCUGCUUCCCACAUGGCUGCUACUCCACCACCUCGCCACUGCACCAUAUCUACUUCGAUGCUUCUCGCAUACCGAAGCUCCGAACAUACCACCGCCCUCCUUCCUGAUUUUCGAACAACUGAAGCCAUGCUGUCCGCGCCGGAGGAAACGCAGGUUACAAUGAAGAAAACAAUUCCAAUUCCUCAGAUCGAAGAAAAAGUUCGGGGUUGGAUGGCGUUGGUCCAGGUUUUCGAGAGGAGCCACAUCUUAGUCAGUCAGAGAGAUCCAGCCAUCUCAUGUCGUCGUUUCGUAUUUUUCGAUUUGGAUGUAAGACGCAUUUUAAUUAAUGAGAAGUUUGUUGUUGCAGACCUCAUUGCAACUGAAGCUUACAAAAAUACUUUGGUUUUACUGCCGCCGCCACACCCUAAAGACAUCAAGACUAUGCAGACACUCAUCAGUCCUAACAAUACGAUAUUAAACAAUAUUCCAUACAUGUUGAACCUCAUACAUGUCUCACCACAUUAUUACAGGGCUAAGAUUCUAAUUACCAUUGAGGAUGGAACCAGUUCUAUUGACGCGGUGGCCUAUGGGCAAGAAGCGGAAAAACUCAUUCAAAAAACGGGUCUGCAGCUGCAACAUGCAAAUGAACAGCCGGAUGGGGAGAAUGAAAUACAAAAUGCAUGUGUUCUGGCGCUUGCUGCACAAAGUACGACCAAAAAUGGUACACUUGCAUCAAAGCCACAAACUAGGCGUUCACUGAACUUCAAGGCUAAUAAGAAUGCCAUCAACGAUGUGGAAAGUUGA